UUUCGAAGCAAAUUCCCGACUCUUUCUUAUCAUCACACUCGAGAAUCUCUCGAAAUCAACCAACACAGAAACGUCUGGAGUUUAUUUGCAAUCAAGCAGAGAAUUUGUGAAACAAACCGAGACGAGCCGCUAAUGGUGCCACCGGCGUUGCAAGCGGGUCCGAACCCACAACAGACCCAACAGUUCCUGAGCUCCGUCCUCUCCCAGCGCGGGCCCUCCGCGCUCCCUUACUCCGAGGACACCAAGUGGCUGAUCCGCCAGCACCUUGUCUCCCUCACCUCCGCCUACCCUUCCCUCGAGCCCAAAACGGCGACCUUCACCCACAACGACGGCCGUUCCGUCAAUCUCCUCCAGGCCGACGGCACCGUCCCAAUGUCUUUCCAGGGCCUGACCUACAACAUCCCCGUCAUCAUCUGGCUCAUGGAUUCCUACCCCCGCCACCCCCCUUGCGUCUACGUCAAUCCCACUCGGGACAUGGUCAUCAAGCGUCCCCACCCUUACGUCAACCCCUCCGGCCUUGUCUCCGUCCCUUACCUUCACAAUUGGGUCUACCCUAGCUCCAAUUUAGUUGACCUCGUUCGUAAUCUCAGCCUCCACUUUGGCCGUGACCCACCGCUCUAUUCCCAGCGCCGCCCUAGCCCUAGCCCUAACUCUAACCCUCAUCCUAAUUUUACUCCUCCCUCUCCUCAUCCUGCCAACGCAUCGGCUUCUACUUUGGGUUACACGCGCCCUGAGAUUCCACCGAGACCGUACCCGCCGUCUCCGUACGGUGGUCAGACGGAGGAUCCGUCGGAGGUUUACAAGAGGAACGCGGUGAACAAGCUGGUGGAAUCGGUGCUCGGGGAUAUGACGGUGAUGAGGAAGGCACGUGAGGCUGAGAUGGAAGGGCUUUUCAACGCGCAGGCGGUGCUGCGGAACCGGGAGGAGCAGCUGAAGAAGGGCCUCAACGAGAUGCACAAUGAGAUGGAAGGGUUGGAGCAGCAAUUGCAGAUGGUGCUGAUGAACACCGACUUGUUGGAGGCGUGGUUGAGGGAGAACGAAGCGAAGCUGAGGAGUCACGGCGAUAAUGUUGACGUGGACGACGCGUUUGAGAGCGUUGACGUGCUCUCGAAGCAAAUGCUCGAGUCUACGGCCUCCGACUUGGCCCUCGAGGACGUGGUGUACUCGUUAGACAAGGCGGUUCAGGAGGGUGCGAUACCAUUCGAUGUGUACCUGAGGAACGUGCGGCUGUUGUCGCGUGAGCAGUUCUUUCACCGCGCCACCGCUGCCAAAGUGCGGGCCGCGCAGAUGCAGGCUCAAGUUGCCAAUAUGGCUGCUCGGAUUUCUCACUAUGGAGGCGAUACCGAGGCACUACGUGUUCGGGCUUGAUUGGUUUCUUAAAGGGGUUGUUAUAUACAAAAUCAUACAGUUGAAGGCGUAAACUGAUGAAAAUUUGACUUGAAGCAAGCACACAUGACACAACUCAGUGCUUGUUCUGGCGCUUGUGCUUCCCACGACAAUGAUUUUCUUAUGUCAGUACUUGAGGCCAACCCAAUGGGUUCUUGCUUCGUAAAUCUAUGUGAGCGAGGGCUCAAUUUCACCUGGCCAAGAUGUGAUAUGGGGCAGCCUCAAGGUUUUACAGGUUUUCCCUUAUGUUUUUCGUACAGGGAACUGCCCAAAUUCCUGUAACCAAAUAUAUCUAAACUAAUAAAAAAAAACUCGGAUGUCGGUAUUUUUCGUUUCUUGUUUCAUGCUGCUGUUGGUUCUUUUAUUUGAGUUGUGGUUACGAUGCUAGGGCAUUUUCUGAUCACUUAUUUUUCCUCCUUGUAUGCCUCUGUUCUUCAGUUCUUUUAUCCAGUGGAUGGGCUAUUGUAAGUUACCAGUAUAUAAGCUUCAAUGCUUGUCACAUCAUUGGGUGAAUUGACUUUGUGGUUUUAUAGUUGCAUUUAGGUUCUCCAGUUUAUCGGGGAGUGUGAGAUGUGAAUAUUGCUGAUGCUUUUUCCUCGGGCGAUUGUACAUGUGUCUGCUACUAAAAUCUUAUUCCGGCAUGCUAGUUUAUUUGGUGUUUGACUAACCAUUUACGACUGCAGUAUUUCUCAUAAAUUUCAAUUCCCGGUAUAUUUAAGAAAUAUGAAUUGAUCUCUGU